AUGACCAACUACAAUACCAUCACCACGAGCGUCCUCCCCCGGGACGGCUCCACACCAACCAUCUCCCGCUCGACCAUCGCUAACAGCUCUCUGACGAGCCUAACAACCACCGAUACCAUCUCGCGCAGCGACAUCCGCGGCACCAUCUUCGGAAACCUAUCGGACACUCCCCCGCACCCUCGCACGCGAGUCACUCGCUCCACCAUCACAGACAGCCAAGUGGCCAGCAGCGUUGUCCGCCGCUCCACCGUGCAAAGGAGCCAGCUCUCCGUCGCGACCGUCAAGCGCUCCACAGUCAUCAGCGGGGACAUUGUGCAGUCUUCGCUCAGCCGAAGCACCGUCAACGGCGGGGAGAUCGACUCGUCGACCCUGUCGCGCAGCACGGCGCAGGGGGCGCAGAUCAAACGGAGCCAAAUGGCCCGCAGCACUGCUGUCUCGGGAGUCAUGGAAGACAGCCGCUUGAUGAGGGGGGCGGUGCGAAACUGCGAGGUCAAGGAGUGUGUGCUUGUCGGGAGCAGUUUUGAAGGAAUGGUGGUGAAGUAUGGGGUUUUCAGGUACGGGCGGUUGGUGGGGAAGAUUCGAGGGAAGAAUGUGCUUGUUAUGCGGAAGGCGACGGGGGAAGAUGUCAGCCAUGCAUACGGGGGGAGACGACAGCUUGAGGAGAGGAGUCUGGAGGGGUGGAUGGGGAUGGCGCCGGAUUCCGAUAGUGAGGUGGAUACUGACAACGAGUAUGUGUCUCAGGAUGAGGGCGGUGGCAAUGUCAAUGUCCAUUUUGAUGGCCGCCGUGGAAGAACGGUGAUUCAGCAGGAUGGAUUCACUAUGGUUCUGCGAGAGGGCACUUACACUGGUUUGAAUUUCCCUCAGGUGAACUUCCCUGUGCCGCAUAUCCCUAACGUCCACGAAUGGGAUUUCCCCGAGUCGAAUGUCCGUGAGGAGCCUGUUCCUCCGGAGGUUACUGCUCGGCUGAACAACCCGGAGAAUAUCCCCCAGGAGGAUAGGCCCCUGCAGGAUGUCUAUGACGAUCCGCCGCCUCCGUAUUCCGAGAAUCCCUAG